GGUAUUUUACUGAGUGGUGGUGCAACUAAUCAUUAUGUCUCAGGAGUAAUUACUAGUCUUUUGGAACUAGGACUGCAGGAGAAACAUUUGACAUAUGCACGUGAAAAAUUUAAGAAUCGCAUGAAUAUUUUGUGUGAUAUACUGAAAACACGUCUUCCUAAAGAUUGUGUGUUUUUGAGGCCAAUGGGAGGAUAUUUUGUGUGGAUAAAACUUCCAGAAUUUAUUAAUGCUAAACAAUUCACUGACUGGUCAACCAAGAAACACAAAAUUACAAUGGUAGUUGGUUCCCGAUUUUCACUUGAAAACAAAUACAAUAACUACCUUAGAGUUGGUAUUGCUUUUCAUGAUAAAGAAAUAAUAAGGCAAGCAGCAGAAGUUUUGUGCAUUGCAAUCAGAGAAUUCAUUGAAAUGAUUACUACCGAGAAAAAUUUGACUUAGUUAUCACACGCUUUAUU